UCUGAUGAUGCUGGUGAGAUCCAAUGAGAACAGAUGAGCCAUUGAAAUAAAUGACUGAUGGAACACAAGUCACAGCAGAAGCAGCAUGGAGAUACAGUUCGUCGUCAGUGGCAUAUGCAGCAAAGCGCUAACUCGUCUAAACGUGUGACAGGAAAUAGAAAAUGCAUGUGAACAUGCAGCCUCGCUUCACUCGAUUAUUUACCUACCAUGUGAGUGGGGAUGGAGUUGAAUAUAGACAGCAUAUUUCAAGAAAUAUUUUCUAUUAUGCAGGAAAAUAAACUCCGCUCAACAGACACUUCCGUUUCAGGAGAGAUACGUCAUGUUAACAAGGACCACUUCCGCUGGGGUGAAGAUGUGAUUGCGCAGACCAUGCGUUAUAGCAUACUGAAAUACCUCUAUCGCGUUAUAUAUCACUGAAUAUAGUCUUUAAAAACAAGUUUAUUUAUCAAUGUAUUUUUUAUACAAAUGAUUUUCAUCAGGCGCGAGGAGGGCAGCUUCGCUAAGCACACGCGUCACUACCAUAACUUAAAAUUAUAUUAUUAUGAUGCUGUAAAUAUGAUUGCAUGCAUUUUAUACUGGUGUAAUUGCAUUUGUGUCGCAUAUGUUUAAAAAAAAAAUAUUUUAUGUAUGUAUUAGGCGCGCAGUAGCUGUACUGCUCCCGUACAGCAGGGGGCGUUAUGCAGCCAGAUGGAGCGGUCAACGAAGAAGUAGUGGAAGUUAUUGAUGUUGAGUUGGCAGUUUGGAGGAGCCUCCAACUGGCGACAGGCGCCUCCGCGCUUCUUAACGAGAGUUGGUGCAGUUGAGACGCACAGAAUAACCCGCUGGUGUGCGCGCGCGCGUUGCAUGGGCUCGCCUCGUGUAUGUCGUUUCUGCCUUUGUUAGCCUGCAGCUAACACAGCCUUGCUCUGCAACUGACCUCCAGUUAUCCCUCUUUACUUGGAGGCGGAUGUUGUCAUGGCAAUGAGAAGAGUGAACGUGGUCAUCCUGGUGCUGUUGGCUGUGGCCUUCCUGAUCAUCCUUCAGCGGAACCUUCUCAACCUCCGAGACUUCCUACACAAGGAGAACACGUAUACCGGGGCAGUUCUUCCCUUUGAGUAUGAGCUAUCGCCGGACUUGAGACUGGAGGUGGAGAGAAAAGGUCCAGAGAUCCCGGUCAUCAUCACUGCAGCCGAGGAAAGACUUGGAGCCGUGGUCGCUGCUGUCAACAGCAUCUACCAGAACAGCAAAGCCAAUGUGGUCUUCACCAUCGUGACCUUCAACGACACCGUGGAUCACCUCAGAGAGUGGCUCAGCCUGACCAAGUUCAAAAAUCUCAAGUACAAAAUCGUCAUUUUUAAUUCAGAGGUGCUGAUUGGGAAAAUAUCCAGCGACCCCAAAGUGCUGGAGGCCACAAAACCACUGACCUUCGCCCGCUAUUAUCUUCCUCUAUACAUCACCGAGGCAGAGAAGGUCAUCUAUCUGGAUGAUGACGUCAUCGUUCAAGGAGACAUUCAGGAACUGUACGAAACCUCCAUCAAACCAGGACAUGCGGCAGCUUUCUCUGAAGACUGUGACUCCGCCUCCUCCAAGGGGAUUGUGCGUGGGGCCGGCAGUCAGAACAACUACAUUGGCUUCCUGGACUUCAAGAAAGAGUCCAUAAAGAGGCUGGGCAUGAGGGCCAACACGUGCUCCUUCAACCCUGGGGUCAUUGUGGCCAACCUGACCGAGUGGAGGAACAUGAACAUCACCGGGCAGCUGGAGCACUGGAUGGAGCUGAAUGCUCGGGAGGACCUGUACAGUAAGAUGCUGGCAGAGAGCUUCACUACGCCCCCACUACUCAUCGUCUUCUACAAACGCCAUUCCACCAUCGACCCAAUGUGGCAUGUCAGGCACCUGGGCAUGACAGCCACGGGGAACCGCUACUCGCAGCAGUUCGUGAAAGCUGCCAAACUGCUCCACUGGAAUGGCCACUACAAGCCGUGGGGCAGGACGUCGUCAUUCUCUGAUGUUUGGGACAAGUGGUUUGUUCCGGACCCUUCGGGGAAGUUUCAUCCCGUCCGCAAACACACAGGAGACUAGAAGGCUUGGCGUCAGGUGUGUCAGUCAGCGGAGGAAGGGGGCCCCCAGGAAUCACCUUCUCCUGGCACAUCUUGUAGCCCGGACUGAAACUUCCACUACCAAGAGCUGCGCCUGUUUCCUGACGCCAGGCUGAGUCGGGUUUACAAGCUCAGACAACUCAGAACAUGGACCCAGGUGUGAAGAUAAGACGUUUCCAGAAACACCACUGAGACUACACUCCAGAGUCUUUGCACAAUUAUGUUCCUGUGUAAAUGUUUUGUA